AUGUCUAAGCCCACUGUCGCCCAUCGCAUCGAGCGACCCGUCGUCUUCGUCUGCGACAUCCAAGAAGUAUUCCGCAAGACCAUCCACGAAUUCGACAAAGUCAUCCUCUCCUCCCAAAAACUCCUCAAACUCGCCAAAGUCCUCUCCAUCCCCAUCCACACAACAACCCAAAACGCCACCCGCCUCGGCCCCAUCGUCCCCGAGCUCCAACCCCACCUCGGCCCCAACCCCCACCACGACAAGACCCGCUUCUCCAUGCUCAUCCCCCAGGUCGCCACCUCCCUCGAGCCCAACUCCUCCGUCGCCAUCAUCGGCAUCGAGUCCCACGUCUGCGUCACCCAGACCGCCCUCGACCUCCUCAAGGCCGGCCACAACGUCUACAUCCUGGCCGAUGCCGUGAGCUCCGCGAAUCCCGAGGAGGUCCCCGUCGCGCUGAGGAGGUUGGCCGCUGCGGGCGCCGUCGUCACGACCACCGAGGGCUGGGUUUAUGAGGUUAUGGGCGAUGCCGCCGUGCCUGAGUUUAGGGAGGUUAUCAAGGUUGUUAAGGAGACGGCGGCGGAUACCAAGGUUGCGCUGAAGGCUUUGACGCCGAGGAUUUAG